GGCUAAUGGGGUCGGUUUUGUUUCCCCGGAUCCGCCAUUUCAUUUUUUGAAGUUACUUGUGACAAGUUACAAGAUUUGAUCAAAAUCGUAUUGUUUUACAACUGGGUUGGGUAAGUUGUAAUCGACAUAUUUUAAUUGGGUGAUCAGACACGUUUUGUACGAGGACCGGCUUUUGGAUUUUAACUUGAUGGGCAUAGGCAAGUUGCGGAUGUCGCCUAUUUUCCAAAUGUGUUCUACGCGCUAAAGUUUUUGUAUGAGUUGAAUGCUGGUUGUGGAUAAGGGGAUUCAAAGGGAAGGCCCGUGAAGCCUCGGCUUUGGAGUGGGAGUCAUGUCCGGAAAUUUUGACGCAGAGGAUCGUGCAAGUUGGUACUGGGGAAGAUUAAGUAGACAGGAGGCAGUUUCACUUUUACAAGGACAGAGACACGGAGUGUUUUUGGUGAGAGACUCAAUUACAAGCCCUGGCGACUACGUCCUGUCCGUUUCAGAGAAUUCCAAAGUCUCGCAUUACAUAAUCAACAGCAUCAGCAACAACCGGCAGUCUGGCUCAGGCCAGGCGCCUCCACGGUUUCGCAUAGGGGACCAGGAGUUUGACGCCCUCCACUCCCUGCUGGAGUUCUACAAGAUCCACUACCUGGACACCACCACUCUGAUAGAGCCCAUCAACAAGGCAAAACACUCUCCCUUGGUCAGCGUCAACGCAGGUGCUGGAGGCCCGCCGCAGCGGCAGGAAGAUGAGAUGGUCCGUGCCCUCUUCGACUUCCCAGGCAACGAUGAUGAAGAUCUGCCUUUCAAAAAGGGCGACAUCCUGCGGGUCCUGGAGAAGCCUGAGGAGCAGUGGUGGAACGCCAAGAAUUUAGAGGGGCGUGCCGGGAUGAUCCCUGUGCCCUACGUGGAGAAGUACCGACCGGCCUCUCCCACCUCGGGGGGCCUUGGAACAGGGGGUCCAGGUGGGGUGGGCUCGGUAGACGGCUCAAGUGUUCAGGGCCCUCCUCUGCUAGACCCGAGCCAGUAUGCCCAGCCCACACCUCUGCCCAACCUGCAGAACGGACCCGUCUUUGCCAGGGCCAUCCAGAAGAGGGUGCCCAAUGCCUAUGACAAGACCGCCCUUGCCUUAGAGGUGGGCGACAUGGUGAAGGUGACAAAGAUCAAUGUGAACGGCCAGUGGGAGGGCGAGUGCAAGGGCAAACGAGGCCACUUCCCCUUCACACAUGUUAAGCUGCUGGACCAUAAUAACCCCGAGGACGACGUGAGCUGAGAGUGGACACUGGGCUCCUUGGGCUCCUCCCAUCCCUCACCCUGCCCUUACACACACACACACAGACACUCACUCCCUCACAUGCCACCAUCGGCCCUGUGCCAAUCAGCAGCCUCCACACUCAGACACACACACCACUUCCUCUUCCUCAGUUGGCCCUGUUAGAUCAUCAUUACUCUGUGUCUUCGUCUCACACACCACCAUUAUUUAUACCACUUCAGCACCAUGGCCAGCUCUAUCAAAACACACACACAUUCCCCUUCUAAAGAAGAAAGACUCAGGCCUUGUCUGAUGGGAUGAGGACAGCGGCUGUGUAAUACAAAGAGGAAGAUUUGGAGUGUGUGGUCGAAAUGCUCUCUUGGGCUGGAAUCGUACACACAGAGAUCCAUGGAGAAACACUUUUCUCUGGCUGUCGAAGAGAGCCGUUAGAAUGACACUACACUGUACACAAAACUAUCAUCCUCACUACAAAUCCACGACCAAGUAACUAGUAGUCUUUUUGUAAGGGAAAAAAAUAACAUAUCGUUAUGAAAUUAUUGAGAACCAUUACAUGCUAAAAUCCUGUUUUUUUUUGUUGUUUUUUUGGCCUCGUUUUUCUGAGAAGUAAGAUUGCCAGUCCACCACUAUUGCGGAGAUCUCGUCAAAUGUGUCGGCUAUGUUGUGAGCUUGCGGUAUUGUCAGGCGCUGACCCUCUCUGUCGUACUUGUUUGUGUCUGUCUUGCCUUGCUUGUCUGUGCUCUUUGACAAGCCUUUGUCUGCUCCACUCCUACUCUGAAUCACUGAGACGUCGCUCUUUCCCACCCACGGCUGUUAACUUGUUCUAAAUAUUGGAGAUGCCUUUUGUAUGAUCUGCCAGGGUCGUGGAAACGUUCUGCCAUAUCAUAUAAUACCAUAGCCAAGGAUAGACGGUUAAAAUGACUUAAGCUCAAUGGUAACAUGAAUUGUCUUUCUCCUUGGAAGCUUUUAGAUUCUAUACUGAUUAUGGUAGUACUUGUUCUCCUGUACACGUUGGUUACAAGGUCAAGGCACUGCAUUGACACUGAGUUCUCACUUUUCCGUUCUAGAUUCCUGUCAUCCACUAUAUUUUGAGCAUUGAUGUCUGUCUGUAUUCAUUAGUGUAAUAGAGUGAGAAAAACACACUUUCAUUUGCAUGCAUCCACAAACCACCACACUACUUAGACUGUCAACUUUGAAUAGGUGUCCUCUGUUGAUAAGAGAUCACAGUUAAGUCCACCUGUUGACACAUGACGAUGAUCUUUCCAUUCCUAUCAUGUAGGAUACUGGCUAAGUUUGCUCCCUGGCACAGCAUCAUACAGACCAUUCUUACGCUUUGCGCCCCACUGAAUGUGCCCCUGAAAUUCACUUGGAUAACGCCACCUCCUAGAGUGGUUUCCCAUAGAUUAAGGCAAAGGUGACUUGAGAAAUGGUUUACCUCGUCUUCAGUAGAACUGGCCACUAGGGUGCACUGCAACAGCAUUAGGCAGAGAGGUGCUGGGUGAACCGAAGUGCUUGUCUGCCUCCGAGCUUUAGCCCAUGUUGAUCAAUAGUGUUGUCUGUGUUGAGGAUGCUGGAGGUGAAAUAUUUUCAGAAUGCACUUUAGUCAAUCAUUUUUACAAUUGCUUGCCAGUUCAGGCCCCUCCCUUUCCAAUUGCUAUUCUUGCCUUUUCUGCUGUGUUCAUUGUCUGUGGCAGAACUUGUGCUGGCUUUUUACAUUUUUUAUAUAUAUCUAACCUAAGGUAAUUUAGCCCAAAAUUUAUGAUGCAGCUGUGAAAAAUCCAAAUGCAUGCAUUGUCAGGGUGUGAAGACUUGAGUAUGGUUAUAUGAGUUAAACUCCAAUUAUGUAGUACCUCAUCCAAAAUACACCGUCUGCUAUACUCAGAUGUAGGUUCUGGGUAUUAGAUGCUGCAAAAUCCAGAGGAAUAGAAUCUAUAACCUUUUGACAAUUGGAUUGUCCUGAAACCACAGGGGUUUUUCCAUUGUCCUCAAACCUGUACCAUUUCUCUCUAUAAUUGUAGCUUUCGGACCGACUGACAAACUGUUUUAUAGCCAAUUUAUGCCACAAUCUAUGUUUAAGGGCACGGUUGGGUAGGUUACUUUCUAAAUGUAAUCAGUUACUAGUUACCUGUUCAAAAUUGUAAUCAGUAAUAACUUUUGGAUUACCCAAACUCAGUAACAAUCUGAUUACUUUCCCCUUCAUAAGCAUUAAAAGAAGAUGAAAAGGAACCAUCAAACAUUUGGGGUGUCAUAGUGGUCUCUGACCUGUGGUCAGACCCGGUCAGGUAUAACAAAUCUAAACUUGCACCUUUUUCAAUGCGAAAUUGAAUGUCAUUGAGAAAACAAAGGUGGCAAUGUAUUUUUUUUUCUCGCAAACAUCCUUUCUGAAUUUACAAGUAAUCAACAAGUUUUUCUAAAGUAACUAAUCUGGUUACAAUAUUUUAGCUGGUAAUGUAACUGAUUACAGUUAGUUUCUUUGUAAUCAGUUACUCCAGUAUUAACAUCUGUUAAAUCAUGUCUGCUUUUUCAUUCAUUCUCUCAAUGCAUGCCCGUUUAUGUAAUCUGCUCUUAUUUUUAUGAUUUUGUUUUGUCAAUCAGGCCUACAAAUAUUUUAAAGUAUUGUAUUUUUGUAACCCUGUGGAAGUCAUUACCUUUCAUAAUGGGGCUUGGUUGGCAACCGCAAAUGGAAAUUGUGGUGAUAUCAAAAUGUGCCAUUGUAUUAUAACACUAUAUUCUUUCAAGACAAUUGAAAUUGCCAUUUAUUUUCUGUAGCAUGUAAUGUGUUAAGAUAUACAUAGUAAAUAAAGUCAAAGGAUUGGCAAAUGAAAAUAC